UUCCUUCCUUCACAAGUUCACAAUCUAAAGUUUUGAUAAGAUUUAGCAGAUUUUAACAAUCUGGUAUUUAAUUUAUUGGUUAAUUUCACGUGUUUUAAUAAAAAUGACUAAACAAUUUCGUGAUUUCGACAAAGAUUCGUCAGAUGACAGUGAUAGUGAUGAUUCUAUGGAAGAAGAUGUAGAACAAUCCGAGAGUGAAGAUAGUUCUGAAUCAGAUGUAGAUGUUGGUGAGGAGGAAGCACCCAAUGCUACGGGAGGGGAGGAAGCCAACAAUGAUGAAGAGGAUGAUGAUGUAGUGAAAGCUAUAAAAGCUGAAAAAAAUAAAUGCCGUGAUCAUCCACCAACAAUAGUUUCUGAAGAUUUUAUAGUAGACAUUUCAUUCCAUCCAGCUAGAAACUUGAUUGCUCUAGCAAAUAUCCUUGGAGAUGUUAUGCUAUAUGAGUAUGGGAAUGAAGAAAAUAAGCUCGUCAACACAUUUGAAUUACAUCUCAAGCCGUGCAGGGAUGUGGAAUUUGAUACUGAGGGAACAACUUUGUAUUCUACAUCUAAGGACAAAUCCAUCAUGGCAUCAGAUGUUGAAACUGGAAAACUGAAGAGAUGUUUUGAAGAUGCUCAUAAUGAACCAGUUUACUGCUUGAAGAGUCUGGAUAAUAAUAAAUUUGUGACAGGUGAUGAUGAAGGAACUGUGAAGCUUUGGGAUAUGCGAAAACCAGAUCCCAUAUUUAGUUUGAAAAUUGGAGAAGAAUGUGUUUCUGAUAUGAUCACAAAUGAAUCGCAAAAAUAUUUAGUCUGUGCUGGCGGUGAUGGUGUACUUACAUCUAUAGAUUUGAAGGGAAGUAAAAUCUACACGACAUCAGAAGACUACGACUCGGAGCUGACCUGCCUCGGGCUGUUCCGCUCCGAGACCAAGCUGCUGGCGGGCUCGUCCAAGGGCCGCCUGUACCUGUUCAACUGGAAGCAGUUCGGGCUCCACAGCGACGAGUACGUGGGGCAGAAGCACUCGAUCUCGUGCAUGGUGCCCAUCACGGAGAACAUCGUGGUGACCUCGGGCGAGGACGGCCUGCUGCGUGCCGCCCACAUGUUCCCACAGCGGCAAUUAGGAGUCGUCGGCCAGCAUCGAUUGCCCGUCGAGCGGCUCGACAUCAGCCACGACGGACAGUACAUCGCCUCGUGUUCCCACGAUAACGAUGUCAAGUUCUGGAACAUUUCCUACUUUGAAAAGAUCGAUACGCUCGUCAGCGAGAAGCAGAAUAAGAAGAGAGACAUGAGCAACAAUUUGCCGUCGAGUAAUGUUCGGAACGCGUCAGAUUUUUUCUCUGGAUUAGUUGAAUAAAUUAUUAUU